GGGGGGGGCGCCGGAGUUAGGAGGCGGCGCCCGGGAGUCCCCGGAGGAGGAUGGGCUGCGGACCCAGCAGGCUGAGCUGCUGCAAAGCCCCCAAAAAGAGGCGCCAAAAACCAGAUCAGCCACCCAGACCAGAGCCACAGGAACUAGGUCCCCUCAAUGGGGAUACAGCCCCAGCCGUCCAGUUCUGCGCAUCUGAGGAGGCUGAGGAGUACCAGAAGGAGAUAACCAGAAUUCUCCUGCAACACGAAGAGGACAGGAAGAAAUGGACACAACAGGCGGAGGAGGACAGGAAGCUAGAGCUUCGAGAGAAACUAGAUGAACAGAGAAGAGUCCUGGAAGGCCAGCAUGAGGAGACCCUGCAAGUCCUCCGGGCCUCGCAUGAGCAGGAGAAGGAAGCCCUUACCCACUCCUUUCAGGAGGCCAAGGCUACCCUGCAGGAGACCAUCGAUGGACUGUCCUCACAGCUGGAGGUCUUCCAGGCCAAGAUGAAGAGGGUAGAAGAGUCCAUUUUGAGCCGAGACUAUAAGAAGCACAUCCAGGAUUAUGGGAGCCCCAGCCAGUUCUGGGAGCAGGAGCUGGAGAGUUUACACUUUGUCAUCGAGAUGAAGAACGAGCGUAUUCACGAGCUGGACAAGCGGCUGAUCCUCAUGGAAACAGUGAAAGAAAAAAAUCUGAUGUUGGAGGAAAAAAUCUCCACCCUGCAGCAGGAGAACGAGGACCUCCAUGUCCGGGCCCGCAACCAGAUGGUUAUGUCAAGACAGCUCUCGGAGGACCUGCUUCUCGCCCGCGAGGCCCUGGAGAAGGAGUCCCAGUUGCGGCAACAGCUCCAGCAGGAGAAGGAGGAGCUGCUGUACCGGGUUCUCGGGACCGACGCCUCCCCUGCCUUCCCCCUGGCCUCUGUCACCCCCACGGAGGUCUCCUUCCUCGCCAGCUAGGGCCCGGGGCCUGGGCCCUCCAUGACGCCUGUGGUCACGGCUCCCUCUUGAGGACUUACUGAAGAAGACAGCAGGAGCCUCUCAUCUUGUCCCAGGAAGGGCGGAGGGCAGGAGUGAGGUGGGAGCCAGGGUGUGUGCCCAGAGGCCUGGGGGCCUGGGCCAUGCAGGAUCACCCAUGGGGUGAUGGAAGGCCCCAGAUGUGCCUUCCCUGGAGUUGGCCCGGGGAACAAGCAAAAGGAGUCCUUCCGUCCCUCCCUAUUCUCUCUGUUCAAAUCAGGGAAGUCCUGACCUUUUUCCAGGGGCAGUGCUGCUGAGGUCAUCUGACAAAGAGACAAGCCCCCUGGUCCUGACUUGGUAGCUUUCCCCAGAUGUUCUCGCCUCUGCUCAGACCCUCCCUUAGCCUCAGUUUACCUGUCCUCUAAAACAGGCAGGGGAACUGAACGAAUGAUACUUGAGUCUCUACAAUGUCCUAGUCUAGGUUUGUUUGAAGGACAGACAGGGGGCUGGGGACAGGGGAGGAAGUGGGCCAGACCCUGGGAAUUAACAGGGAAAGGUGGGCAGCUGGAAAGGGGGCUGCUGGAGGCCCAUUGGGCUGGCGGUGCCAGGGCCCGAACCAGCCAAAGCAGGGGCUAGACAUGACCUGGGGUAUGCCACUGCUUCUGGUCCCAGAGUCUGGUCAGCCCAGGGGAUAAGCCAGAUAGCCUCCUCCCUGACCAGGCAAGGCUCACUUCCUCAGCCCUCCAGGUCUCUCUGUCUCAGGGCCACCUCGUGGGUCUGGAGAUACCUAGCUGCCAGAGCUAGAACCUCAUCCCUGUAGAGAUGAGAAAACCACGGUGGGGAGUGGAGCCCACAAAGCCAGGACCAGGACCUCAGCUGUCAUCCCGCUCUUAGCUCGCUGUGCUUGUUUUUCUCCUCAGGCUCUGGAAAAAUCAAAUGUGUGACUUACCUUCCUCUACCUGCCCGCUCCCCAACUUCUGGUUUCUCUCUUCCUCC